AGAAAUGCUGAUCUUUUUAGGAUAACUUUAUACAGUUUAGUGUCAAGUUUGUUCAAACCCUAACCCCUGGGUUGUAUCUUGUAACUCUGCAAACUUUCCUUUAUCAUAUUAUGUAGAUUCAAGUUGUCCAAACAGUUAGUCUGGACCAUACAUGGGACCCAAAAGGGGCACAACUGUUUACAAAGAAAUACAGUGAGCCAUGAUAACUCUCUCAAAGAAGCUGAAGCAGCCCCCAGAGUCGCCAAAAAACAAAAAAGUUGCUGAAGACAUUACAAAGAGAAUAUCCAUUCGAGAUAAACUUUUAGUCAAAGAGGUUCAGGAGAUGGAAGAAAACUUACCUAAAACCUGCACUGUGAACUUUGAAGAUCCUAAUAAAUUACAUGUGUUUGAUCUGACCAUUGUCCCAGAUGAAGGAUUUUGGAAGAGUGGAAAAUUUAAAUUUCGUCUUGAUAUACCAGAGGAAUAUAACAUAGUACCUCCAAAUGUUGUGUGUAAUACAAGGAUAUGGCACCCUAAUAUUAAUGAAGAUGGAGAAGUUUGCCUAAGUCUGCUACGCCAGAACUCAUACGACAGCUUAGGUUGGGCACCCACUAGACGACUGAAGGAUGUUGUGUGGGGCUUAAACUCUUUAUUUUCAGAUUUAUUGAAUUUUGAUGACCCAUUAAAUGUGGAGGCUGCAGACCAUUACUCAAGGAACAAGGAAUCAUUCAAAGCCAAAGUGAGAGACUAUAUACAAAUGUAUGCAACCAGGUGAUGAACAUCACCGUCUAUAACAACUGAAGUGUUCCACCAGUGUGAAUCCAUCAUAGAGAUUUCAGCAGUUACCAUGGUUACAGUAUUGCAGAGAAACAGUGCAUCAGAGUUUGAACACUGAUCUCCCAUUUUGCGGACUGACGAAGUCUUUGCUGCUCGGCCAUGUAAACUCUCACUAGAACUCUGCUUUAAAUAGUGACCUGUUAUUUUUUAUGAAUCAUUUGCUUUUUCUAUAUUGUUCUUUCCGUUUAAUACUUAAUGGUUUUGGCAGUGGUAUGAUAAAGGUGUAGAUGUGAGAAGAUUGCCCGUUAUAGAAGAGUGAGGAUAUUUAAUUGUUGAAGAAGUAUAGAUAUACAAGCAUGGUCAGCUAUUAAUUGAACACAAUAUUUUGCUUGUAUUGCUACAUUUAAGAAUGUUUGGAACUAAUAAGGCAUUAUCCUGAUGUAAUUGUGGGUGAUGUCACCCCGCCAUGUCAGAGUAUAGUAAUGUUUGUGGGAUGUUUGAACUGGUUGGAGUAUGGUGCUAUCUCUGCUUUAGAAGAUUAUUUGCUAUGUCAGAAUAGAUUUCCAUUCUUUUCUGCAAUGAUUGCAACCAAAUGCUAUAAACAUGUACCAUGUGAAUCAACAAAGAAAACAUAAAUUAUUUGUACCUGGUAUUCAAUCCCAAUUUUAGCAUGUAUAUGUAUAACUAAAUGUAUUCUUCAAUUUGAUGGUGUUGAACACUACUUAUAUAUUACACAAUGGAUAAUCAGCAUAGAAUGAAGUAAAAAAAGUGUGUGCUGUGAGAUUGACAUGAAGCUCAAAUAAUGGAUGUAGUAUUUCAACUCUGUUCCUUGAUAAAUGUAUGAUAUUUACAAAAUAUUUUAAGCAUUAAUUGCAUGGAAUUUUACUGUCUUAUUUUCCUAAAGUCUAAAGGAUUACAAAUUUAUUUUUUCUUAUGACUACAUUGUACAAGAUGUAAUGUUUUAGGGUUGUUUUUUUUUUAAUUAUAAACUUAUACAUUAAUACAUGUAUAUGUAUAUAUGCCAUGUGCCUAUGUCAGUAUUUAAUAAUGCUGUAUGUAUGAUGUAUAGAUAACAGAUUAGUAAAAUCAAUAACAUAUAUGACCCAGUCACUGCUCCAAUGGACUGGGAAUCUACUUAAUUAAUACACCAGGCCAGUGGUGUAAUGGAGUUGUGCAUUGCUGGACCAUUCUGUAGCUGAUUCAGGCAAGGAAUGCUCCCAGGACCACUGUUUGGUAGACUAUUUGUUCCCUGACCCUUCCAUGCUCCUAUCCCACAAACAUUUGGGUUUAAAGCUACAUUGAAUACAAACAGAAUUGCUGUGAUUUUUAAUGUUAUGAUGAAUGAAAAAAUAAAAAUAUAAUUCAAUAUCAAAGUU